GACGCUUAGUCAGUUUCAGUUCCUGUCUAACCCGGAAGCGGGAACUUUUUCUUUGGUUUGAUUAUUUGCAAAUGCUUUGAAGUUUGUUUAUUGGAUUUUUUUGCUCUCUAUAUCUGCGUUGUGGCUGUAAACGUUGGUGUCUACAUUAGAGGCAACUGAACAACUAAAGUUAGUUUUGGGUAGCAACCGUUUUCAAAUAGCAACCUGGUCACAACGUUAGCUCUGGUUUCGCACGCCCGGAGCCCCACACAUCUCAUCCACAAACAGACUGAAGAUGAAGAAGGCCAGAAGCGGCGGUGACGAGGAGGCUUCCCGGCAGAAUGGUACUUCUGGCCGGAGGAGAUCCGAGCAGCAUCAGAAUGAUGGAGCUGACGACUCUGACUUGAACCAAGCUAGUCAACAAGAUGACGACGAUGACAAUGACCUGAGCCUCAGAAGAGAAAUACGGAGCAAAUACAGAGACCUCAUAAACUCAGUACAACAGAAUAGAGAAGAUAUGCUGAGUCCAUCCAACAACAAGCUCACAGAGGUUUUAGAAGAGGCAAACAAACUUUUUAAAGAUGUUCGGCAGGCGAGAGAAGCAGCUCUUGAUGCCCAGCUCCUGGUUGUGGCUACAGACCUCGGAAAGGAGAAAGCCAGCCAGAUGUUUUCUGAGGGCAACUCAUUUGAUCCUGCUGCUUUUGCUGAGCAUCUUUUAUCCUUCAUGGGCCUCAACCGAUUAGAAGAUGGGAAUGGUGGGCAGAAUGGAGGUGGCUCUGAUGGCUAUUUACCCAGAGAUGCCUGGCACAGAUUGGCAAGGCGAACAGAGUGCUGUUUCAGGGCUGCACCUUCUUUCCACUACAUGAUGGGAUCUUUCCAUGCAGAGCCACCUCCUCCAAAGCAGAGGAUUGAGCGGCAGAGGAAAGCACCCAGCAAGGAAGCCAAAAGAAUAAUGCCAACUCAGCUGAAGAAAAUGGAAGAAUCCCACCAAGAGGCAACAGAGAAAGAGGUUGAAAGAAUCCUGGGAUAUUUGAAGAGCUAUUACGACGAUGAUUCCUCAUCCCCCAUCUCAUAUUAUGAGUUCGUCAUCGACCCCAACUCGUUCUCUCGAACGGUGGAGAACAUUUUCCACACGUCUUUUCUAAUCAGGGAUGGUUUGGCUCGGAUGUAUCUGGAUGAAGACAAGCUUCCUUGUAUAAAGCCUGUAGAAGAAGGGGAUGUGGACGCUGCAGGUUCAUCCAGCCGCCAACAGUGCAUCAUCUCAAUAAGCCAGAAGACAUGGAGGGAGCUCAUAGAUGCCUUUGACAUCAAAGACACAAUAAUUCAGCCUCCAGACACAGAAUGAGUGAUGGACCAUUGCAUCAUGCUGUCAUCUUGGCUGCUCGUUCUACAGGACCCCAUUUGAUCCAAACACUUUUUUGUAGGGGGUUAAAUUUAAUUUUUGUGUCUAUUUUAUAUAUAUAUAUAUAUACAUUUUUUUUUGUAAACAUUUUUUUUGCUGUAAUACCAGAAAUUUAUCCAUUAAAACCUUACGUGACAUAUUCUUACUUGUUCAUGUUUGUAGCAGGUGUCUCAGAUCUCAGUGGGUUUAAAGGCUGGGAACUAAUGUGGUAGGUUCACCAUGAAGCAAUACUGUAAACCACAAUUUUGGAUUGAGGGUAAAUGAGCCUUAUAAGCUUUAGCUUGUUUAUAAUUAUAUACUUUUAAAGCUUUGCUUCAGAUAGUGCUACAGAGUUUCUUCUUAUAUCAUUCUUUAUUACCUCUACAGGUAUAGUCUUUCUGUAAUGUUCAGAAACAUUGUAAAAAUAUAUUUUCACCAUUCUGUUAUUGUACAAAUAUGUUUUGCUUAUUAAAAGGUUACACAGAAAAAAGAAA